UUGAGUACAUGUCUAUGUGUGUGGAGGGGGGCGCCAUGUUUACAGAGUUUUUACAUAGUUCAUUGGUGGUCGGGAGCUAACGUUCAGGUGACUUCACCACUGUUGUGUCCCAGAACUUCAGCUGGAAGUGUCAGUUUUAUCUUCUUAGGGCGACUCUUCGCUUUAGCCGCAGCUAAGUGAGUAUGCUUGGGGCAGUGGUUUUGGGCAUUGGACUAGCAGGUCAGGCUCGGAUCAGAGACCUGUUGGCUCCUCUUCCUGGCAGUUCUGCUGAGAAACUUUCCAUCCGAGGGUUCGUUUCCAGGAGAAACCUGAAUACUCACCAAGGGGUCAGUCAGAUCUCACUAGAGGAGGCUGUAAGCAGACAGGACAUUCAUGUUGCAUUCAUCUGCACUGAGAACGAGUCCCAUGAAGACUACAUAAGGAUGUUUCUGCAGGCAGGAAAGCAUGUCUGUGUGGAGUAUCCAAUGACCAUGUCCUACGAUACUGCUGAGGAGCUCUGGGAGUUGGCCCAAAAAAAAGGCCUAAUUCUACAUGAAGAACACAUCGAGCUGCUGACUGAGGAUUACAAACAACUACAGAAGGAUUUAGAUGGGAAAGUUCUGCAGGGUGGCUCUCUUCAUUUUACUGGUGAACCUCUGAAGCGUGGAUCUGGUUUCCCAGCAUUCAGCGGCAUCGCUCGCCUCACCUGGCUGGUCAGCUUGUUUGGAAAGCUUUCUGUAACUGCAGCAGCCUUUGAAGAGGACUCGGCUAAAGGCUACAGCAAGAUGACUGCACAGCUGCUAACUUCUAACAACAAAGCUUUAACUUGGAUCGAAGAACGAAGGCCGGGGCUCCCCAGGGCAAAGAAGGUCAACUUUGUUUUUGACUCCUGCACUGUGACCCAAGUCCCAGCCGCACCCAGAGGGACGGUGGGACUCUUCAUGCAGGACUUGAUCCACUUCUCUGCCAAGCUGUUAGGCCAAGUGAGUCCAGAAGAGCUUCAGAGGGAGAAAAUCCGGAUCCUACACUGCUUGGAAUUAGCAGAAAAGAUACGACAACUUAGCCAAAGUUAAAUUUGGACUUUCUCGAUCAUGAUCAUAUUAAUUGAUUCACCACCAUAUCCUCUUUUAUUCUUUCAGUUUUCUUUAUUGUUAACAUGAAAAGUAAUUGGGCAUCAAAUGGGACAAAUCUGCAGUGCUGGAAACGUCUGAAUAAACUACUUACUCAAACAUCUAA